ACUCUCCGCCCCAACCGCCAUUGCCUCGUGCCCGCGCCGGUCGGUUGGUGGCGCCUUUGUCCUACGGCGGGCAGGUGGGCUAAGGCAGAGGCGGCGGCGGCGUUCCUGAGGCGAAGGAGCGUCCGGGAGGCCGCCGCACUGGUAGCGAUAUUAAUAAGGCAGCGGAAAGAAGAAAUAUGAAUACGGCUCCAUCAAGACCCAGCCCCACACGAAGAGAUCCGUAUGGCUUUGGAGACGGUCGAGAUACAAGACGUGAUCGAUCCCCAAUUCCAGGAAGUCCAAGGAGAGAGCCCAGGGAUGGCAGAAAUGGCCGGGAUGCCCGGGAUGGCAGAGACAUGCGAGAUCCCCGAGACAUGCGGGACCACAGAGACAGCAGAGACAUGCGGGACCACAGAGACAGCAGGAGUAUGCGUGACGCUCGGGACAUGAGGGAUCUUAGAGACUUCCGGGACCUAAGAGACUCUAGGGAUUUUCGAGAUCACCGAGACCCCAUGUAUGACAGAUACAGAGAUAUGAGAGACUCCCGAGAUCCCAUGUACAGGUACAGGAGAGAAAGCUCCUAUGACCGAUACCUGCGAAUGGAUGACUAUGGCAGGAGAAAGGAUGACUCUUACUUCGACCGCUACAGAGAUAGCUUUGAUGGACGAGGCCCUCCAGGCCCAGAAAGUCAGUCUCGUGCAAAAGAGCGUUUGAAACGUGAAGAACGGCGUAGAGAAGAGCUUUAUCGUCAAUAUUUUGAAGAAAUUCAGAGACGCUUUGAUGCUGAGAGGCCCGUUGAUUGUUCUGUGAUUGUGGUCAACAAGCAGACUAAGGAUUAUGCUGAAUCUGUGGGGCGGAAGGUACGAGACCUGGGUAUGGUGGUGGACUUGAUCUUCCUCAACACGGAGGUUUCACUGUCACAAGCCUUGGAGGAUGUUAGCAGGGGAGGGUCACCUUUUGCUAUUGUCAUCACCCAGCAACACCAGAUUCACCGCUCCUGUACGGUCAACAUCAUGUUCGGAACCCCACAAGAGCACCGCAACAUGCCCCAGGCAGACGCCAUGGUGCUGGUGGCCAGAAAUUAUGAGCGCUACAAGAAUGAGUGCCGGGAAAAGGAACGUGAGGAGAUUGCCAGACAGGCAGCCAAGAUGGCCAAUGAAGCAAUUCUGCAGGAAAGAGAGCGAGGGGGCCCCGAGGAAGGAGUGCGUGGGGGCCACCCUCCAGCCAUCCAAAGCCUCAUCAACCUGCUGGCAGACAACAGGUACCUCACUGCCGAAGAGACAGACAAGAUCAUCAACUACCUGCGAGAGAGGAAGGAGCGGCUUAUGAGGAGCAGCACCGACUCUCUGCCUGGCCCGAUUUCCCGCCAACCACUCGGGGCGACCUCGGGUGCCUCGCUGAAGACACAGCCAAGCUCCCAACCGCUCCAGAGCGGCCAAGUGCUCCCCUCUGCUACACCCACUCCAGCCGCACCCCCCAUCUCCCAACAAGAGCUUCAGGCCAAAAUCCUCAGCCUCUUCAAUAGUGGCACGGUUGCGGCCAAUAGCAGCUCCGCAUCUCCCUCAGUCGCUGCCGGAAAUACCCAGAACCAGAAUUUUUCCACAGCACCGAACAGCCAGCCUCAGCAAAGAUCACAGGCCUCUGGCAAUCAGCCUCCAAACAUUUUGGGACAGGCAGGAUCUGCUCGGAACAUGGGCCCCAGGCCUGGGGCCCCCUCCCAAGGGCUCUUUGGCCAGCCUUCCAGUCGCCUGGCACCUGCCAGCAACAUAGCUAGCCAGAGGCCCGUGUCUUCCACAGGUAUCAACUUUGACAAUCCAAGUGUACAGAAGGCUCUGGACACCCUGAUCCAGAGUGGCCCUGCUCUCUCCCACCUGGUUAGCCAAACCACAGCACAGGUGGGGCGACCCCCAGCACCCAUGGGAUCUUACCAGAGGCAUUACUGAGGCUCGGUCUCUCAACUACUCCCAGCUCCCUCGUCCCUGGCCGCCUCUCACCUUUUGCGUUCUGAGUAGAGUUAUUUGGAAGAUGUUCUCUGCACCUGUCCAGGUCACAUCAAGUGUCGUGUUUCUACCACCUGCUCUCUCUUCUGCCCAAGGCUGUGUUGCUUAUUCCUUCCAGAGUCAGAGUUUAUACUGCAUUUGGGGAUGUAUCUUUUUUUGUUGUUUUUGGGUUUUUGUAGAAAAUAAAUACUUCUGGGGUCACUUGGGUGGCAGUAUAGGUGUCUGGGCUCAGUUUAUAUUUCAUGGGUUUCUCUGGUCCGUCAGCUGAACUGGGGGGUGGGUAGGAGGGGGAAAAGCCAAGCGCCAGUGUUUGGAAUGACAUUUUCAUGUCACUAGCUACUGCCUUUGCUCAUUCCCCAGCCUCACAUAGACCAACCAGAGCCCCCGCUCCUGUCCGCAGCCCCCGCGCAGGGCUGCACAGCAGACUGGGCUUGGCGGGCGUGGCGUCGUCGUGCCCCACCUCCCGCCCCGAGAGGUCUGUUUGAGGGUUCAUAGUUUAGCCACUCUGGAGUCUGGAAGUGUCCGUGGCAGCCACACAAGCAGACAUUUUUCUGCCUGACCCAAUGUUGUUGGUUUUGGGUUUUCUCAUUUUUCUCCUGUUUUGCUUUCAUUUCAUUGGAGGAUCUCCAAUGGACUGAACAGUUCUAGUCACCAGCAAUUUCACGCGAACUGUGAAUCUGGGCCCCAGCCACUCACCCCCCCUUAACACAUCUGUCAGCCUCUCCCUCUCUGGGGUAGUUACAUGGAGUCAGUUCUGAGAAGGCAACUCUAGACUCGGGCACUGAACACCAUUUUUUCAGUGAUUGUUUUGAGCUUUUGACUUAAAAAUCAGUCUUUCUUUUUCACCUGGACUCUUGUUCUGUUUUCUGAGUAGCAGGAGGUAGGGACCAUUUUGAUGUCAGACUUUUGGUAGCUGGACAUAUUCUUGAUACAGGCGGCUGUUUGUAACUGCUGAGCCAGAGUGAAAUUAGAGGGAGGAGGACUUCCGGCUGCUGCUCUAAAGGGAGCUGCCUUCUCCCUAGGGACGGUGCUCAUUUUAGAGCCUUUCGGAUCGCUGUUCCCAGGGACCCCUGGCAGGGGCUCAGGGGGCAGUGACAUCAGCUGAGCCCCCCCCAUCUGUGGCUGAGCGAACAGCGGUUCCAAAAACUCAAUGACCCCACGUGGCACCACUUUCUGUUCUGACCUGUGUUCUAUAGUGUUUUUUCCCUCUUUGGAACUCCUGUGUUGUUAAUAAGAUGAGAUGAUUACUUUUUAAUUAAAAUGAAA